UUGUCUAUUUUGUAUAAAUAAUGAUCGUUUUGAUCCUAAUUAAUAAUGAAUAAGAAGUAUUUUCAUUUGUAUUUAGGACCAUAAUAUCUGAAUCAAUAUGGCGGCGAUUGGACGGUACAGACAAAAUGAUGACAAUUUCAUAUUUUUAUUAAUAAUUAAGAAAUUUCUUAAUGAUGAAGAGUGAAUUACAGAACGUAUUUAGAGAUGAAGUUAAAUGAAUCUGUUUAGAAGAGAACUUUUGCUCUUUUUAGUUAAUGCAUACCUCACUCUUUCUGUGUCAAUCCAGCUCAAAGAUUCUGAAGAUUUAACUCACAUUCGCAACAGGUCUCGAAAAGUAUUCGACGGAAUAUAUAAAGGAAUUCUUCAAGAGGAGAAUUGUUCUUUUCCUUUGCAUUUAACAGGUUCAAAAGAAGCAGCACACAAAAGUUCAAAGAAAUUAGUUUGCUAUUAUGUUUGGGAAAAUGAGAACAAUAGUUUAUUACCAAGUGACAUAGAUCCCACUCUGUGCACCCACAUUUUGAUAGGAUUUGCUUCUGUUGUUGAUGGAGUUCUAGUACCUAGUAAACCGAGUGAUAUUAAAGGAUACGAAUGGACUGUUUCUUUAAAAAGAAAGAAUCCGAAGCUGAAAGUGAUGCUGUCAGCUGGUGGAGGGAGCGAGUUUUCUAAUGCUGUAUUUUCUUCACACAAUAGAACUAAGUUUAUCAAUUCCAUAUUGAAGUUAUUGAAUCGAUUUCAUUUUGAUGGUGUUGACAUUGAUUGGGAAUUUCCUGCUUGGAGUGGUUCACCUGCCAUGGAUAGAAUUAAUUUCGUAAAGUUCUUACGGGUAAAUUUUAAAAAAAUUUUCAUAUUUGAUUUAAGUGUUUAUAACAUGUAUAAAAUUUUUCAGAACCAUAUUUAAAUUUAAUAAAAAUUGCAUUUAAGAAUACUUCAAAAUAUAGUUAUUAUAAAAAUAUAUUAUUUCACUAUUAAGAAUAUAAAACACUUAUAUUGUAUGUUAGUUAGUUAAUUAUGUGGCGUAUCUGUAUAGUAAAGAUAUAAUGGCUAGUAUUCAUUCAAAACAUUCCAUACUGCAAAUACUGGGCUUGAUGGAUGCUCUUAUAUUUGUUACAGAAAAUAACUGUUUUAAUUGUAAUAUUUAUUUACAGAAACAGAGAAUGCUUUUGGGCUAGCUUUUCUCUUCUAUUUUUGCUGAGUUAGUUAUGAGAGCUCAUGUGAUACACAGUGAACCCUUUGGUGAUUUUUUUAUCAUAACCAUGAAUGACUACUUGUUUUACAGUGAUGUCAAAUUCCCAUUGUUUUUGCGUUGAAUCCAUUAUGUGUGUAUGCUCUUUGGACCAAGGAGUUGAAUGCAACUAACAGUAGGGAUCAUGAUUCCUAAAAAUAUUAGGAGCAAACUUGAACAAUUUUAAUCAGAUGUGACAUUCCUUGCUUCUCCAUAUGUAAAAUCAAUGCUUUGCACAGCUUUGAAUGAUCUAUCUAUAUAUAUAUCAAAUCAAAGUUUCGGCAUUUAGAAUCACAUUCUACAUUAAGCGUUAGAUUUUAUUCGUGCUUUCAUUUAAUGAUAUUAUAGGAGAGAGACUGAUAUCUGAUAUUCUAUAUUUCAUUUCUUUUCUCAUGUUUAUGUACCAAUUUAAUCAUCCAAGUGUGGCAUACAAUCAUCUAUAUAUUUUACAUGGCAUUGUACAUUUGAUUAUAUGAAAAAUUUUAAAGAUAUUAAUUAAUAAUUAUUUUAAUCAAGUUUUAAAUUUAAAUUUUAGAAUGAAAGACAUUUUCAUGAAAACUCUAUAUACAGUAAAACCCCUCUAAUCCGUCACCUUUGGGACUGGGGUUAUGGUCGGAAUGCAAAAAAGGUUGGAUUAUCAGAAAAAAGUAAAAUAAACAAUCUUCCCCUUUGUCGAGUCUUUGUAGCACUGCUAAUUUUUCAUUUAAUGAAAGAGUAACGUGUUUACAUUUCACUCCUGACAUGUUGAAAACACA